CAUAACGAACAAAAGACUUGCUGUCUGUGGCUCCAACACAGCGUAUUUCUUGGAGGCUGCAGUUAAAUAUGGAGAUAAGUCACAUGUGAAAAUUAUUCAGGAACUGAAACCGUUAAAAACUCAGGUGCGAUAAAGUCUGCUCUGUUAUUAACACACCCAUUGCACAGCUGUGACAUGACUCCAUUGGAUGGUUGGAUUUCAGUCAGUGAAGAGUAAUGCAGUCAGGUUUUAUUGAACUUGGGUUAUGUUAUUGAAAUCCAUCAGAAAUGUCUGCUGUAACGGCGUCGCUCUGCUCCACUUUGCUGUUUGUCGGCCUCGUUGUUGUUGACUCUACAGUUGUGAUAAACAUCCCAGCUGUAUCUGGACAAAGUGCCAUUCUGUCGUGUCGAACUCAAAACAAAUCCGUCAUAGUGGUGGAGUGGAGCAGACCUGACCUCAAGAAUAAGCAUGUCCUUUUUUACCGGGAUGAGCAGUUUGACACAGACAGCCAGCAUCCAUCUUUUAAGCAGCGGGUGGCUCUGAAGGACAGACAGAUGAAGGAUGGAGACGUGUCUCUGAUUCUGAAGAAUGUGACGAUUAAUGACACCGGAACAUACCAGUGUCGUGUUUUCAUUAGAGGGACAAACCGCAGGAAGAGAGCCAUUUUGGACACUGAGCCCAUCUGCAUCAUCAAACUGAGUGUCUCUAACCCUUCAGGUGAGUCAUUAGAGUUCAGUGUGUCUGUGAUCACCCACCUGACAGCUGACACUCACGCCUGUUUCUCACCUGCAGGACCACCAGGAGGACGAGAGAGGUUUAGACAUAUUGGACUGAUCGCUGCCCUUUCACUUUUCAAUUCGUCACUGCUUCUUCUUGGAGUUACUUUUUUCAUCCACAGAAGACGAAAACAACAACAGACUCACGGCUCACAGAAGCCUCCUGGUGUGAGUGAUUCUCCUGCUGCUGAUAUUAGUGUAGAAACAGAGAGGAUCUACACUACAUAGAAGCUGAUGAUGCUGAACUUCUGGCAGACAUCAAGCAUGUUGAGAAUUUGAUUUGAUUAUACUGGAUUAGUUAGCACCACACAUAUAAAACAAAGUGGCAGUCACAUUAACUUCUCCAUCCAUCAAUCCCCCACCAGAGCUAACCAUGUACUCUGCUAGCAUUUAACUAUAAUUGAGGCCCAGAUAACCAGGAAACUGCAAGAUCUCAGUGAUCUUGGCAUUACUAAGAAUGAGGAACAUGCCUAGCACCAACAGCAAACUGAGAAAGAGGAUUAGCGCAAAAAAUAAAUAAACCAAACAAAGGUUUUUCCCAUGGUACAGUACUGACACCACCUCUCAGUCUCGAAGCUCUUCUGGCAACUGUCACAUGACUAACUCAGCAGUCAGUGUCAUUACAGCAUUAUGAAAAAAACACAGAUUGAAAUCAGUUUCAUGUAACUGCAGAGUUUGGUAGUUCCAGCUGACGCCUCGCACCUUUCUCUCACACACAGAGAACACAGUCUGGCUCUGUUUCCUCUGCUGCCUGUUGCUGGUGUUUAUUUAUUUAUGUAUUUAUUAUUGGCAUAGGAAGAACACGUGGGCCCUGUUCCAGGAAUAAGGGUUGGGUUACAUCUCUAAGUUUGUUUAAACAGUGAUGAGGGAGACUCAGAUUUUCUGUUCAAGUUUAUUUUAACUCUGAGUCAUUUGCUGGGUUAACAGAUUCAACAGACCAGUUUCUCUUUGGCUGAAUGACACUCGGUGUCAUUUUCUCCUUCAUAAAGUUGCUGUCAAAGUGCUUAAAGGAGCAAAAUAAUGAGGAGAAGCUGAUUUAAAUUCCAGUUACAGGUUAGGGUCCAUGUUUAUAACUGUGGACAGUGAUGCGGCUGUCAGAUGGUGAGUUUCAUUGUACUGAAAAAGAAGAUGAGGUUGAAAUGACAGAUUGCAGAAUAAGAUUCACUCAUUAAAUGAUGUCAAACAGUAUUUCAAAGGUUGAGAGUCUAAACAGAAGAAAAUCACCUUAACAUGUCUCAGUGGGUCGACUCAGAACUAGAGCGCCUGAGGAUGUUGUUACUCUGUAACAGUUCAACAAACCAUGUCCGAGUUCACUCGCAGAGCUGCACUGAUCUAAAACUGAAAGGAUCACAGAUUUAAACUGGAUCAGGCCAACUUGGCUUUGGUUAUGUCCCAGCUCUGGAGCCAUUUUUACUCCAUUCAUAUUCAUUUUGUCCUCAUAUGAUCUGUGUCUCUUAUUUAAAAUGUCUCCUUCUUCCAAAACUAUAGUGAAAUAUCUAAAAUCUGUAAAAGCUGAGACAUUUGUAAUAUUUUUGCCUUUAAUCAGAAAACUUUACACACAAAAAAAGACUUGGAAAGCUAUUAGAGUUAUUUAUCAGCUGUUCUGGAGCAGGAUCUGAUCUCAGAGUCGACCUGCUCUAUCUUCUCACUGUUGUCAUUGAACAUUGAGGGGCAGACAGAUGAUGUGGGUACAGGCUGACGUUAAUGAUCCUGAACAUCCAGCAAGGAGGCAUCAAACACUGAAUUUCAUGCGACUUCAAAUUAGCCUAAUUAUGCUGUAAGGAUUUAGAUGACAGACAUUUAUUCUGCUCUUGAAAAAAAAAGCCAACUCAAAUGUGAGUUACAAAUAGUUUCCUUGUAACAGCCAGUAGAGUUUGAGUGUUUUGGCUCCCAAAGACAAACUGUUACAGAAUAAUCACAGACACGAGCAGCAGACAACAUCAACACUGUAUGUGACUGUCUGAAUGUGGGGGAGGUUACUGUGGCUGAUAGCAAUAAUUAACCUGCCUGAUAGUGUUCAGCAUCCGUUAAUUAAAUACUUCUGGGUGAGAUAUACAAAGUUUUACUGCAGCGAUUUGAAACCAAAGAGAGAAAAUAUUAGAGUCGGAUCAAUGUUUCCUCUGAUUGGUGAAGCUUUAGUGUAAAUAGUUAUUUUCCUUCCAUGAAGGAGGCACUUUGGUCUUUUUUUACUUCACUUAAGUAUUGGUGAUAAAUAUAAGUUUGUUUGUGUCACUGUUAAUAAAGUCUUACAUGUGCUAA